GAUGGCCGGCGGGGAAGGAGCGGGCUCCGGCGUGCCGGAGUGCCGGGAGCAUCUCUUCAAAGUGCUGGUGAUCGGGGAGCUGGGCGUGGGUAAAACCAGCAUUAUCAAGCGGUACGUGCACCAGCUCUUCUCCCAGCACUACCGGGCCACCAUCGGGGUGGAUUUCGCGCUCAAAGUCAUUAACUGGGACAGCAAGACCCUGGUGCGGCUGCAGCUCUGGGACAUAGCAGGCCAGGAGCGCUUUGGAAAUAUGACCAGAGUAUACUACAAAGAGGCAGUUGGUGCUUUUGUGGUCUUUGAUGUCACAAGAGGCUCCACUUUUGAGGCUGUUUCAAAAUGGAAGCAUGAUUUGGACAGUAAAGUACUACUCCCUAAUGGCAGCCCCAUCCCUGCUGUUCUUCUUGCAAACAAGUGUGACCAGAGCAAAGAUGGCAGCCAGAAUCCCUCUCAAAUGGACCAGUUCUGCAGAGAAGGUGGCUUUGUUGGGUGGUUUGAAACCUCUGCCAAGGACAACAUCAACAUAGAUGAAGCUGCUCGAUUCUUGGUGGAAAACAUCCUUGCCAACUACAAAACCUUUCCUAAUGAAGACAAUGAUGUGGGGAAACCAAGACUGGACCUAGACCCAUUGAAAGCAGAGAGUAAAUCACAGUGCUGCUAAUGCUACCACUGUACAGUAAAUGUGAUGGGAUGAGCAGCAAGACUGUUCCUUAUCUCAAACUGCUGCUAUGGUGCUGCAUUGUGACAAUCCAUAUGGGGUGUCUGGUAUUAUCUGAAUAAGUGAUUCUUGUGGGUGUUUACUCAGUUUCAUGCUAAACAAGAAUAUGUAUCUUGUGAGUUAUCACUCUACUUGCCUGAGUGGCUGCAUCUAAGUAUGAUUAGUGUCGUCUUACUUGAGAACAUAAGGUAGUGUUUACACUCCUAAAAAGGAACAAAGACAACAUUCAGUGUCUAGUUUGCUUCUAGGACAUAUGCUACAUUCCAAAUAGGACUCACUUAUCGUUUUAGCUGAAUAGACACUUGCACCUUUACUG